AAUGGUGCUGAAAUCACCAUCCGACCACAACCCACCACCCCUCCACAACCUAAGGUGCCACAUGGACUGCUGUCAAAUCCGAACCGUUUUCGCUUGCAUCCUCACCAACGGUUUGAGCUCCUGCAUACCAUGAGGCAACCCUACCCCCAGCCACACCAGCAGCCCCACCAGCAACCCCACCAGCAACCCAACAGCAACCCCACCAGCAACCCUGUCACCAGCUAUACCAGUACCCUCAGCAUUCAGUCAACCAGCAAUUGUCCCAACAACCCCAGCAGGAGCCCGACCAGCAGCUAUACCAACUCCCUCACCAUUCAACCAGCGAACAACUCUCCCAACAACCCCACCGGCAACCCCAGCAGCAACCCCAGCAGCAUCCCCACCAGCAUCCCCACCAGCAUCCUCACCAGCAAACCCCACCAGCAACCCCACCAGCAACCACUCCACCUGCAGCCCUCCCACCAGCCCUCUCAGCAGUUCUUCCUGCAACCUCAGCUCCAGUCCAACCAGCAACAUCAGUUCCAUUCAGACCAGCAUAUUUUUCAACAACCCAGACUGCAGACAUGCAAUCAAGAACCGUAAUACAACCUCCUGCCAAUCCUGUCAUGCCAAGUGUACCAUUCUCAAUGCUACUGGCCCAUGUUUUCAUGUACCUGCUACCAUUGCUGGCCCGUCUUUCCCAUGCCUUCGCCCUAGCGAUGGCAUCCCCUGCUACCCUGUCAAAAGAGACCCCUGAUAUUGUUCAUGGUGACCCGAUAAACUUACUAUCCUCUAUUCGACGAAAACUCGAGCCGUUUGGAAUCUCUUGCUGACUCUUGCUGACGCUAUUUAACUUGAUCCUGUAG